CCCAGCGCUCAGCUUUGCUCGGGGCAGGCUACGCCCGCCGGCUCACCGGACCCCGACGUGCUGGUCGCGGGCUCCCGACGUCGACGCGUGGCGGCUACCGCACGCCGGGCAGCACCCCACCGCCGUCCGCCCGGCAGCCGCCCAGAGCUAGGCUUGAGCCGUAGGCAGCCCGGACCGGGCCCCCGCCGUCAUAAACCAUGGGCAGGGGCGCCAUGGGCCUCUUCGGCGCGAACAUGGCCGACUUCCAGUUAGGCUUGGCCCUGGACGACAAGGCCGGCGGCUACUUGGAGACGGACGAGGAGAUCGCGCAGGCGCGAUCUCCGCGUUUUGAGGUGUUGCGGUGCCUUCCCUUCAUCGGCAUGCGUCGUCUCCGGGAGAGGAGGUCGUGGCUGGUUUCUUUUUCGAAUUUGGGGCCGUUCGGACCGUUUCCAGUGAAUACGAUGCUCCGCGCAUGACGUGGUCGCCGUGACGGCGUCGACGCGAUGCCGCGCCGCCUCGACGCCGUCGUCAUGAUCACACGAGAGUCCACGCUCGCGCGCGAGAGCCGCGGCGGUGUCGUGACGCUAUCAAUCAACGCAGGACGACGACCCCCUCGCGGACAUCAAGGCCGCCUGGAUCAUGGCCGGCGAGGACAUCAAGGACUUCACGGUCAUGAAGUUCAACAAAAAAUUGCGCGAGGAGGAGAAGCGGGACUUCAACAAGAACUUCAUUUCCGGGAACACGGACUACGAGGAGAAAAUUGAUUUGUGGAUCUCCGCGUUUUAUGAAGGUGCCUUCACGUCCAUACGACUCGUCUCCAUCAGAGAAGACGGUGGGUGGUCUCUUUUCCGAUAUUGAAUCGCGCAGGCUGAACCGCAUGCGGCGGACGUCGACGUCGUGGAAGGACGUGAAAGGGAACCUCCAGCACGCCGGGAAGCUGCUGAAGAAGGAGCUGGGCACUGUUGGGAGAGUUGUUGGGAGGGUGGCCGAGCCGGGGUUUUCUCGGAGGGAGCGGCGGCGCGUUUUACAUUUGAAACGCAUCGAGGAGCACGAGCUGCGGUCGCUGGCCAUCACGCGCCAAAGACUACAGAUCGAGCGCGAUCGGGAAGCUUUGCGGUACCGGAAGGCCGGCAUCGAGCGGAGUCGAGGGAGGUUGUUAGAUCAUCUGAAGCCGUCAGAAGACCUCAAGAUGGCUCUAGCUAGAGUCGCGGCGACGCGCCAGCGCGAGAAAGAUUUAAAAGCGUACCGGGAGAAGACGCAGUCCCUCAUCGAGGAACGCGAGGCGGCCGCGGCCGGGGCCAACACCGCGGCCGCUCUGCAUUACCGCGAGACCAUGUUCCAGCGCCGCAAGUUCCGCGCGUCUCAUUAUACUCAAGUAUCGAAAGAUGCUCGCUUAGAAGCCAAACUCAGACGCAAGGAGGCGGACCGGAAGUUCCUCGAGAGAGAUGCGGAAUUAGCCGCGCGGCAAGCCGAACAAGAGGAAUCCGUACGGGUUUCUAGAGCGAUAGAACAAGUGAAAGGUCCUGAUUUGACGCCUGCUACUACAUUCCCAUCUGGCAAGACAUUAGGAGUGUUCGGUGGAGGUGGCGUCGUGAUUCCCGACAGCGCCACGACCGCCGAGGGUGAAAUCAUCCCUGGUGCGAUUACGGAUGGUAAGUCAGCGGCGGACCACGGACGCGUCCGAGUGUUCCAUGGGACACCCACCCCAGUCAUCGAGGAGCAGUGGGAGGCUUUAGGGGACCUCGAAGGUCUACGGGGCCAAGCGGCGGCCGAAGCGUCCGCGCGGCAAGCGGACUGCGACGCUCUCGAGACUUCGGCUCGCGAUCUAGAUGCUCAGAGAAGUAGAUUGUGUGCGGAACGCAAACAGUUAGCGGCCGAGGACGAGGUGUUGCGGAGGAGGAUCGCCGGGCCGCCGCGCCGCGACGCGAACGAGGCAGAAAAAGAUAGUCGCGCAAGACGCGCGGAGCGCAUGAAGUUCCUUCACAGGAGAGAAUCGAAAUUGCUCCACGAGUCGGCUGUGUUGAGGACGAGAGCCAAGGCGCAUAGAGAAGGCGCCUCGACGGCUAGAGCGCGAGCGGCCGCUCUGAGUGAGAAGUGUUUAACAAUGAGACGACCUCUGGAAGCGUCGUCGACGGACGCGGGCCUCGGCCCGCCGCCCAUGAUCCUAGGACGUUCAUUAUCGAAAGUACCGACGCUCGGCCUCAAUCCGUUGCAAGCAAAUCCGGCCGAGGCGUUGCGGGCCAUCACGCGCCAUUCGCAACUGGAGGUCUAUCGCGACCAGUCCAAGUCCAUCUUAGCUACAAGAGAAGAGGCCACGAGACUCGAAAGAGGCCUCUGGGCGGCCGAGCGCCACCGCCAGAACGAGACGGUACACCUCGACGAGAUGCUCGUCAAAUUAGCGAACAUCGCGACGCGCGUCAAGAAAUCUAGAUUCGAGGACGUGCGCCACGAUUUAGUCCAGGCGAUCCGGCUGUUCUGGGCCAAAGGGUCAAAACUGAGAAAAAUAAAUCUACGGCACGAGGGGUCGCUCGACUGGUGGGCGCGGCGGACCAAGACUCUUAAUGUAAUACAGUGGGUCUCGAGCGACAUGCGAGAUCCGGUGCAUGACUCAAAUCGUGUGUCGCGUCGAUGGCGUAUCAGUUCUCGUGGAUGUUCGCCCCCACGCCGUCGCGGCGACGCGUCGAUGGUGUCUAUCACUCGAUUCGCGCGCAGGCAAGAUCCAGAUGAACAGGUAGAAUCGAGACCCUCGACGGCGAUGACCGCCGAGGAGCGCUUACUCAUGGAGGACGAGACCAAGGAACAAAGGUGGAAUCCAAGAAUGCAGGGCUUCGCGCAUCAUACGGCUCGAACUGGAUACUUGGAAGGCGAGAUGGCGUUACCUCGCCACGACGCCUACACGAUCGAAUUUACGAUUACCAAAAGAAAUCCGAUGGCUUCAGACUUAGGAGACCCGACCGACCGGUGCACCGUGAAGCUCGGGCCGAAUUUGCGCAAUUUACAAGAAGUAGCGGUGGCCAAAAAUAUUGUGGACGAGUACGCGGGCUGUGCUGAUCGCGGCGUUUUAUGAAGGUGCCUUCCCUUCCAUGCGACUCGUCUCCGGGAGCGAUGGCCGGGGGUGGUUUCUUUUUCGAGUUUGAGCGCGUUUCGGACACGCAGGUGCGCGCUACGAGUUCACGCACGGGAUGAGGACCGACACGCUAGCGUGGCGGUUUGAAUUCAUGUCGUCUACAGAGGCUGUUGAGUCACACUUCGUCGUGGAGCAAGGGGCGUAUGCACCUAGGGAUAUUCCUGACCUGGAGGUCACCGACGGUGCGAUCUCGGCGUCCCGUCGUGUGGAGGCGCCUUCACGCCAUCGAGGCGACUCGUGUCCAUCAGACGAGGUCGUGGGUGGUUUCUUUUUUGCUGAAGAGGCCGUUCGGACCGAGUCGAGCGACGCGAUGCUCCGCGCAGGUUCGAAUCGCGUCAUCUCGUCCUACGUGAAGCAGUUACGGCUGGAGAUGAAUUCGGGAUCCAUGAAGUACGCGGACUGGCUCGCGGAACUCAUUAAGGCCGAUAGUGUCCCGCCCGUGCCUUCCGAUCCCGAUGCUGCGGCAUUACUCGCGGCGAAGGCCGCGAAGUUCGGCGUGCGCUCGCCGCGUUUUGAAGUGGUGCCUUCACACCGUGCGUCGUCUCCGGGAGCGAUGGCCGUGGGUGGUUUCUUUGUCGACUUUGAGCGCGUGUCGAGACCGAGUCGUUUCCGCGCAGCAAGCGCCGCCGGGCUACUGGGAUAGCGAUAGUCUGCACGCGACGCCGCAGCGGCAUCAUAUUGGUACUUUCAGAAGGUUGUUGAGGGACGAGUUGAUGCAAGUGGCCGACCAGGCGGCCCAGGACGACGUCGAGACCAGUGUCGAAAACUUCAAGUUGUACUUCAAUCUCGGGUCUCUCGCGGUCGGAGUGGGGUGCUGCUCGCCCCACGCGGUCGCGUGUAGCAGAGGGACGUCGUGUCCAAGUUUGAGCCGAAACCAGGGCCGCGGUGCCGAGAUAGCAAACGCGACCGCUCUCACUCGGCAAGAAGCGAGGAACGCGUCGCGUCGAUGGCGUGGAGGCUCGACGAGGCUCGACGAGGCUCGACGAGGCUCGACGACGCUCUCAGACGCCGUCGACGCGAAGAUAGCCUGACUCACCGGUCGAUGGCCACGCAGGUCGAGAAGGGCUUCGCCGAGGAGACCGGUACAAGACGACGCCGACGUUCUCGUGUGGCUUCUCAAACGCCCCUGAAACCUCCCACGCAGGAAGAACUCGCUCAGCAAAAGAAGCAAGAAGCUCAUGCUCGUCGAGUCCGACAGUCGCUCAAAAAAUAUCUCAGACGUAAAAGAGAAGCCCUGAAACCGAAGGUCGAGGCCGCGAAGAAGUGCGCCGGGUGCUCGUUGGAGGUCUUCGACGAAGACAACAAUACGUGGAAGCACAUGCGCGUGAACCGCGUCGACGUGCAGUGGUUGGAAGGCGGUAUGCUGCGGUGUUGCGGGGCCUUCACUUCGUUGCCGGGACUCGUGGCCAUCUCACGAGGCCGGGGGUGGUCUUUUUUUGGAUUUCGAGGCCGUUCGCGCGCAGGCGUCACGUGCCGCAUCCGCUACGAAGUGCAACCGGUGGACGACAUGGAGCGCAUGGCCGGGCCGCCGUACUGGCUCGAUCUCGACGAGUGUCGCUACUACAUUUCGCAGCGCGUCGCGCCCGAUCCCGAAACUAGAAAGAUCUGGGAGCACAACGAGGCGGAGGCUGCUAUUGUGCGAUACCGUGUCUUCACGCCGUCGAUGCGACUCGUGGCCACCUCACGAUGGUGUGGGUGGUCUCUUUUCCGAUUCUGGGGCCGUUCGGACCGAGUCGCUCCACACAGGCGGACGCGAGAGCGUAUCUCGCGCUCGUCGAAGUCGACAACCGCCGCUUGAAGCGCGAAGCCAAGGAGCGCGAGGACACGGCGAAGUUCGAGGCAGCGAAAAGGGACGCCGUGCGACCUCCGCGUUUUGAGGUGUUGAGGCGCCUUCACUUCACUGAUACGACCCGUGACCAUCUCACGAUGACGUGGGUGGUUUCUUUCUCGAGUUUGAGGCUCCGCGCAGGUCAAGAGAAAACGGAGAGAGGCCUACGCCGAGGCCGCGGGCCUCAUGACGACGCGCGCCGUCAAAACAUUGACGAAGAUGCGGGCCAAGAACGUCGUCGAGGAGAUGCGCGCCGGUUUAACGCCCAUCUCGUUCUUCAUCAAGAAGCCGGGGCCGCCGCCCGAGGUCGGCAGCCGUGUCCACGCCGUCGACGCGACGCCUGCUCGAUGGCGUGGUGGUGCCGGAUCCUCACCGCUCGCCGAGACUCACUGGUUGCUGGCCACACAGGUCGACAGCGAGGCCGAGAGCGACCACGAAGCCGGUACUCCGGGCAAGCCGGGCACUCCAGGCUCACAAGACGGGUCCCGACCUGGUACGCCGGGCUCGAGGCCCGGCUCGCGGCCGUCGUCGAAGCGCUCGACGCGGUCCGACGACGACAACGACGCGCUCACGCCCAUGAAGGAGCGCCUCAAGAAGACGUCCGCUCGCGGCGUCCCGUCGUGUGGAGUCACGCCAUCAACUUGUGUCCAUCAGACGAGGCCGUUCGGACCGCGUUCGACGGGAGACGCUCCGCGCAGGCCCUUCUACAAAUUUAAAGAAAGAAAGCUCCUCAAGAGGCAGAUCGACUCGAUGACGAACGCGGAGUCGCAGGCCGCCCUCGAUCUGGCGAAGAAGGAGGAGAAAGAGAGAAAGAAACUCAAGAGACUCGAGAAGAAGGUUUGUUGAACUUGAACUUGAACUUGAACUUGACACGAUCCCACGCAGGCGGGCCUCAACAAGAAGAUGACCGACGCCGAGAUGCGCGAGUUACUGAAACCGCCGCCGCUCAUACCUUUGAGUAGGGCCGACAUCCAAAAAAAAGCGCGGAUCAUGAUGUUGCAACGGAGCGCGCACGCCGAGGCCGAGCAGCGCUGGAUGGACGACUACGUCGGACGCGGCGUCCCGUGAUUCUACGAAGGUUUUACGCCGUCGACGCGACUCGUGUCCAUCAGAGAAGGCGAUGGGUGGUCUCUGGUCCAAAUUUGAGCCGUUUCGGACCGUUUCCAGUGAAUACGAUGCUCACGCAGUCGUUCCGCACAGGUGGCGGCGCUCGUCGGUGCCGAAGAACGGCAGUGGCGCCAAGCGGGCGAGCAGCGGCUGCGGGACGUCGCGGCCAUGCGCAAGGCCGAUGAUGAUGCCGCGCGUCGUGCGAGAGCGGAGGAGCGCGCGCGACAGCGGAAAGAGGAGAAGGAGAAGGCGAAACUCCGAGCUGCUAGGCGCGCCCACAUGCGGGAGAAGAUCGGCCUGAUCCCGAACUUUGACCGGGCGAUUCGGCUCUUCGAGGGGCCCUCACGCGAGGGCUUCUGCCAGCAUCUGCGGGCCAAGGCCUGGGGCGAUAAAUAUGGGAAGGGCGUGCGGUGUUUGGACUGCGGCAAGGAGAUGACGCGGACGCACGAGGAGCCGGAGCAGUUACAAGGCUUGGGGGGCGGCGACGAUCCCGCUUUAUGUCGGAGGGUCGCGCGGCACCGCCUGAACCCCGCCGCGUAUCGCGCGGAGACGCUCGAUAUGGCUUCGGAGUUAGCUGAGAUCGAGGAGGAGAGGAUGAGACUGGAGAAGGAGGAGUAUCUGGUGCGCCAGUCGGACAUCCAUUUUUACGACUUCGACGAGAUGAAGGCCGUGUACGCAUCUCGGCGUCUUGAGGUGUUCAGGUGCCUUCACUUUGUUGCUGGGACUCGUAUCAUGUUGUGGGUGGUUUCUUUUUCGAGUUUGAGGCAGUUCGGACCGCGUCAGAGAGACCGCGGUCGCGUCGAUGGCGUCUUCACGAGACGCCGUCGUUGUGAUCCCACGAGAGUCUACGUGGUCGUCAGGGCGCCGUCGACGCGACGCCACAUCGGACCGCUUUGACGGAAAUGCUCCGCGCAGGUACGACUUAGAUAGGAGGCAUGCCGGGUUACUCAAAUCGCACGGGGCCCAGCGCCAGGGCGUGCAGUGGUCCGACCGCGAAAUCGACGAGCGAGCGAGUGCGAUUGAGCGAGGUGAAUAUCUCUCAGAUGAGGAGAACGAGCACGUGGCCCUGCCCUCGCCCGAGAAGCGACCGGCCGCGGGCAGUCCCGAAGCGCGAUCCAUGCGAGACUUCGACAAGGAGGCCGAGGAUCAACUCAAGAGCGUCAAGUACGACCUCUCGCCACGAAGUAAAAAGCGCUGCGAGGCCGAGGCGGCGUCGUUCCGCAGUGCGGCUAGGCCGGACGACGAGCGGUUGUACGUCAUGCGCCACCGGGCGGCGUUCCACGACAUGUUGUUAUUAGUUGGCAGGGUCAACGCGUACCGGCAGAGACUGGAGGAUCUCAAAGGGCGCGAUCUCCGCGUUUUGAAGUGUUGCGGCGCCUUCACUUCCUCAAUACGACUCGUGUCCAUCAGACGAGCUCGUGAGCGACCGCGACGCCCCGCGCAGGCAACGCAUGAAGCUCGACCAGGAGAAGCGCCAGUUCAAUGAUGUUUUAGGAUAUUUGCAUCGGGAGAUCUUCACCUGCGAAGUGCACCUGAAGCAGGUCGAGAAAGAUUUGGUCGGGGCGUCGAAGGUCAUGCAGGUCAAGCGUGCGACGCGGCGUCUCGUGGCCAUCGCACGAUGACGUGGGAUGCUCCGCGCAGGUGUCAGCGACCAGCAGUUUGGGAACGCCCUUGAGGUCCUUAGAGCAGCGAAGAUCGACAAGAAGGAGAAGGAUCUAGCUUUAUGCGGUUUAAAAGACUCGGCCGAGGACUGCGAGAAGCUCGCCGCGGAAUUGGGUACGGCUACGAGAGAUCUCCUGAGACAAAGGGUCAGACAGGAGCGCCAGCUCCAAUCGCUGUCGGAACGAGCUUCUGUUAAACGCGAACAAGCUGAUGCGAAAGCUAUCGUGCUGAGAGAAAGAGCUGAGAUCGUCGCGUCGAUGCACUAUCGCUCGCGAGGCGUUAUUGUUCCCACGCCGUACGGUCAUUGCCCCAUUUUAUUAUUUAGACCGGAAGAUAGCAUUUGCGUCGUCGAGCUCAAGUUCGGCAAGCCGCGCGCGCGAGCCUACAUGCCCCUCGAGGGGAUCAUGCUGACGGAGCGAGCUAUUGCACAAAGUAACUUAGUAGCGAUGCGCGAGGACGAGUUGUAUGUCCGAGCCUUCUAUUCUGCCGAGUUAACAAUUAGAAGAAGAGAAACGGAGCUCAUGGCUAGAGAUGAAUAUCUAUACAAGAAGAAGUUGAAAUUCGACGGUGCUAGGGAGAAAGAGUUACUAGAAGUCGAUCGGAAGGUGAAGGCCGCGGUCACGUGGGCGUUGACCAUCCUGGGAACAGCCAGAGGCAAACUAGGCAUCGCCAAACGAUCGCUGAAAGCCACGGAACGGGAAGCGCAGCGCAUGGAGAUCGCCGCCCGGACGUGGAGCGGCGAAGGGACGAAACCCGUACCUUUAACAGCCUAUCAAAAGGCGAAGUACUUCGCGAGUCGCAUGCGCAAAUUGAGGAGAGAGUUCGUCCUCGAGGCGGCGCGCGUGUCAGAAGCGGAUGCUCGGAGCGCCGUCGACGCGAAGAACGCGGCGCUGACCUCUGAAAAUGCGCUGGAGUUCCUGUACUUCGAGUUCCUGCGCGAGUUCCUGGCGGACAUCAGCGAGGACGGCCUGAAAUCGGGUUUAGAAGCGAAAUCUCGCACGGAGGACGAGACGGGCAUCGUCUUCCUCCAGCCGCAGCACAUGCAGCACGGCGUCUACACGAUCCUGUCGCGGUGGUGGACGACGAAGAAGAAGGAGUUGAAGAAGCAACUCGAGAUGUGCGCUCUCGGCGUCCUACGGUGCCUUCACUUCACUGAGACGACUCGUGUCCAUCAGACGAGGUCGAAUUUGAGGCCAUUCGGACCGCGUCGAGGUGUCGCGGCGAUGGCGUGUUGGUGAGAUCCAUGGCUCGCCCCUGAGAUCUCCACCACCGGGACGCCAUCGACGCGACCUGCGAGGGAGAUGCGGACCGCGAGACCGCGAUGCUCCGCGCAGGUGGGGCGCCACCAAUAAACAGGACCAGGUGCGCAUGGAGGAGGAGCGUCGCAGACGUUUAUCGUUGGUGAAGGACGAGGAGGCGAAGGAGGCCCACGAGAGGGAGGUGCGACGGCAGAACCGGCUCAUCGCUGUACUGGAAGAGGAGGAAUUGCGUGCGAGAGCGUUCUACGAGUACGAGUUCGCGAACAACCUGCGGGAGCGGCGGGACAUGAAGGAGGCGGAGCAGGCCAUGCGGCUGUUCAUGCUCGAGGCGAAGAGCCAAUCUGGAUCGAAGUACGACGUCGGCGGCGCUUCUACUAAAAAGUCGUCGAAGCAGGAACGUAGAGAUCAACUGAAGAAGGAGCAGGCCCAGAAACUUGUCAGGGAAAGAGAGUGCAAGGAGAUGCUCGCCGAGGACGACCUCGCCAUGUCGAUACGCACGGAGGAGAAGAAAGCCGAGCAGUUAGCCGCGCUGAAGAAGGUCCGUGACGCAGCGUCUUCAUUGACCUUGAACUUGAUCUGGUGGGGGCGAUGGCGUCGACGCGGCCUCAUGAGAGUCUACGGCGGUGUCGCGACAAUGUCCGUGCCACACAGGAGAUGGAGCUCUACGCGCUCGAGAACGAAGCUGCGGACUCUACCGUCAUUGAGGACCUGUCAGAUGACGAGGGCUACGCGUCUUCGGUGUUGAGUGAUGAUAGUCAGGAGGACCUCAUUCCCGAGACCCUAGCACCGCCUCUCGACGAGGCUCCUGAAGAAAUGAGAGAUCGAGUCAAGAAGGAGCGCCUUGAGAGGAGGAAGUACCGCCAUCGUAGGAGACGAGAGAAAGCUCAGAGGGAACUGAGGAAAAGACGGCAGCGCCACGAGGCCGAGCAGGCGGCGGUCCUCGAGGCCUUCCGGAAGGAUGCGUUGAUAGCGCAUGCGAAGGCCGAGCUCGAGUGGAUGGAGCUCGAGGAGGAGGCGCGCGUCAUCGAGAAGCAGGCGUUUCGCGCGCGGGCGAACCUGAGAAAAGUCGCGCUCUACUGCCAGGGCAAGGGCAUGGACGAGCUGCGCGCGCGGUACGUAUCUCGGCGUCCCGUCGUGUGGAGGCGCCUUCACGCCAUCGACGCGACUCGUGUCCAUCAGACGAUUUUGAGGCCGUUCGGACCGCGCCGGGGCCGGUUCGCGGCCUGUCGCCCAUCAAGUCGACGUGGCGCGUCGAUGGCGUCGGCGCGACGUCCCCGCACCGCGACGCCGUCGCCGCGGCCGCCGAGAGGGUUUACGCUCCUCGUGAGUCGAAUGCUCACGAACGAUCGACCGCGACGCUCCGCGCAGGUCCAAGGCCAUCUACUUCCGCAAGGAGUGCACGGAGAAGACUUUAUUGAGGGAUAACGCCACGAAAUGGCUCGAGAUUUGCACGGAAGAAGAGAAGAGGAAACGGAAAACGAAGGUCAGGGUCGACAGAGACACGCUCUGCAUGGACACGCGAUCCAUUGCUGGUGUGUAUCAACGAUUCUUCACGCCCCUAUUGCACCAACAACUACAUGAACACUACUUCCGGACGCUCGCCAUGAUAAUUAUCAAUAGAUCUGAGAUCGUGGCCACGGAGCGGCGGCAGAUGCUUUUAUUUGAAAUGACGCGGCGGAAUGAAGCCGCCACGGCGGUGCGGGAGCGAGACCUCCAGAAGACGUGGCGGAAACGUGUUAGAAAGGACUACAUGAGACUGUUUAGAAGUGAACUAGGCAAAAAGAUCUUCGGCCGGAGUCAACGUAAGGUCUUAGCCGAAGUGUUUAAAGGCUGGGUGCGCUACUGGUCCUGGCACCGGGGCCAUAAAGAAGCGUUCGAGCUCAAGUACGCCGUGAUUAAGCACGGUGUUGAUUUGAGGCGGCUCCAUCCCAAAAUAUUGGGGAUGCGACUGCCUGGCAGAGUAGUGCGAGACGACGACGUGCCUUCAUUAACUGGAUAUGAUAAACGUGUGGACACGAAGCCUGUGCUCGAGAUCGAGCCAGAGCCUGAAUCUCCAGGAGAAGAAGAUCCUCAUGCUGAUGAUGAAAAUGAUUCGCCGGACACUCGGAGGAAGAAGGCGAACAUGCGUGAAUAUCUCAAAGAGCAGGUCCGCGCCGCGGCGUCCCGUUGCGUCCUUCGACGCCUGUCGCGGUUCGGCACUCCGACCGGCACGCCAUCGCCGCGAGGCGCGCCGCGUCGCCGACGUCUGCUCGAUGGCGUGACCUGCACGCCGUCGCCGCGACGCCUGCGCGAUGGCGUGCCGUCGACCCCCACGCCGUCGCCGCGACGCCAUCGCCGCGCCACCGCCGCCGCGACGCGCCACGCGACGGCGUCGCCCACGCGUCUCCCCGCGCGCAGGCCGAGGACGAGCAGAAACGGCUUGAGAAGGAGGCCGCGGACGAGGCGCUCUACGGGCCGCGCUUCGCGGAGAUCAUGGACGGGAAUCGGCGCAUCGCGAAGGAUCGCGACGCGGAUCGUGUUGCAGGUGGUUUAUCACAUGAGACCGGUGGUGUACCCGUGGAAUGUGUUCCUUGUUCUCCUCGCAAGGUCCCUGACCUCGUCGCGCAGAAAGCUCAAUCCUGGCAAGCGCCUCCAGAAAACGAAGUAGAAAAACGUCUGAAGUUCCGAAAGACCUACAAUGAGCGGUUGCGAGAACGAUCCAUCAUUUGUCGGACCUGCGGCCAGACCUACACCGAGGCGCACAACUCGGCCUUCGCCUGCGGCUACCAUCCCGGGACGUAUCGGGUCGCGUGUCCCGUAACGUGUCCCGCCCAUAAAGACGUCAAAAGGAUCACUGCGAGUUGCAUGGGCCACCGGCGGAAGCGGUGGUCGUGCUGCGAUUCCGUCUUCGAGGGCAAAAGUGUCGGUGGGGCGACGGGCUGCAAGUAUCGGUACCAUCUGCCGCCUAGCGAGGAACCGCGCUACGGCGAUGUUGCUUCCAAGUUACUGCAGGACGUCGUCCGGACGGAAAAGCAGCUCGAUGCACAGAUCGAGGAGAGCCGCUCGAAUAGUACCGUGAGGCACGCCAUGAAAUUGAACAGGGACCAACUAGCGUUAGCUGCGGACCGGCAGGCGAAGGAAAGAUCCAUCGUCAAUCGCUUCAAGGAAUUGAAAUGCGACAAGCACAUGGACGAGCACGUCCUCGUCUCAGCUUUGCAGGAGUACGAGACGAGCAAAGCCGAGGAGGAGAAGGAACGGAUGGCUAAAGUGAUGGGCCACGAAUAUCGGAACAAGAAUCUUAUUGUGUACGACAAGAAGGAGGAGGUCGAGGAGCUGCCCGAUUUGACGGACCCGGACUACCUGAAGAGCGUCCUGGAUUCGGUGCGCGACGAGGCGUCGACCGCGUUGUCGUCUUCAUUAGCGUCGCCGCCGCCGACGCCCAUCGCGACGCCGUCGACGACGACGUAUGGGUUGACGCCGUCGACGUCCGCGCCCUCGACCUUCCGCAGGCUCGAGGACGGGUCGCGCCGGUCGACGGGCCGGUCGUCCUAACUGUCGUGUUGUAUAUCUA